UAGUAAAUAAAACAAGGACGGAGCAGAUGUAGCAGAGACACUAAAAGGGGGCAUUGUGUUGGCACGAAGCACUUCUCUUUUAUCUGCCUGCACAUUUGAAUUCACAAAACAGGCUUACUUCCUGUUUAUCAACUAAAACAGAAAUCGCUGGCACAGGGAGUUGAAGUAUACAGACCAAUGACAAAACACACACUUGUGGAGUUGCAGCAGAUUUCUAUUAAGAAAUUGGAUCGCCUGCAAUUUCUUUAACCUCUCCAAUACUGGUUGAGAAAGGUGACCAUGAACCACUCCAACUUCACUAGCUGUGAUAAGAUUGACUUCAGUGCUGACCAGACGUUUCUUCCUGUGCUGUAUGGAUGUAUCUUCUGCAUGGGGCUGCCUACCAACUGCCUGGCCCUGUAUGGGCUGUACCGCCUGGUCAAGGCCAACUACACCCUCCCCAUCUACGCCAUCAACCUCCUCCUGGCCGACCUCGUCCAGAUCGCCACCCUUCCCUUCUGGAUUGACUACUUCAAGAGUGGCCACACUUGGCAUUUUGGAGACAUUGCUUGCAAGAUCAUUGGCUCCGUGUUCUACAUCAGCUUGGCUGUGAGCAUCUUAUUCAUGUGCUGCAUCUCCCUGGAGAGGUACCUGGCCAUCGUCCAUCCACUGUGGUUCCAGGGCUGCCGCAAGCUCAGGAACGUGUAUGCGCUAUGCCUGGCGGUGUGGCUGUUCAUCAUCCUUAUUGUUUCUGUGGGAGUUUCCAUUGCUCUCAAGAGGCCUCAGGACAGCAAACUCUGCAUGGAGUCCCACAACUGGAGUAAGACAUUGGCCAUCUUCCAGCUGGUGACCCCCUCCAUCGUCUUUGUCAUCCCCCUGCUCCUCCUGGUGUUUCUGUCCCUCCUCGUGCACAGGAGCCUAGCCCAGUCCCUCUCCUUCCCAGAGCAGGAGAAGAGGAGGAUCUCCGGCCUGCUGCUCCUGAUUGUGCUCCUGUUCCUGCUCAUCUUUGGGCCCUACCACUUCGUCAAAGUCGUCCUCUACGCGGGCAGCCUCGCAGCCGCGGACAAGUGCGACUUCAAAGCGAGGGUGUUCACCUCGUAUCAGAUCUCCAUAGGCCUGCUGAGCGUCAACGCUCUCCUGGACCCCAUGAUCUACAUCUUCAUCUACAGGGACACCAGGAAGAAAAUGCUGGACUCUUUACCAUGUUUUCGAUGGAUGAGAAAGUCCACAGUUAACAGCUCGCAGUGAUGUGCCCGCAGACCUCAAGAUAUGAAGUUUAGAAUACAAGAAUGGAAGGAAGGUCAGAUCCUACUCUCCUAUGUCUAUAUUAAUAUCUCCCACACCAGACUUGCCUCUCGCACCCCGCUGACCAGCCUAUCUACACCUUUGCUGUAGCUCCCUGGCUCAUCUGUCAUCCUAUUCUCCUCACUACAUGUCCGGAUGGCGCAUGGGCUGGGCACCAUCUGAGUUGGAUGCUGCAUCACUGCCAUAGAUGGACAUUGCGAAUACCGCUAUGGUUUAGGAGGAUUAGCUGGUCUUCAGAGAUCUGCAUGGAGUACUAGCACACAGAAGGACAUAAUGGAAGACUUAAUACUCCACACUUAGUACUUUUUUGUGAAUUGUGUAAUGUUAGCAUGCCCAACUGGGCAGCCAGUUGACCGUGGACCCCUGGAGGGUUUUUUUUCUCCUUACCGAGGAGUUUUUGGUUUCUCUCCUCCAUUGUCUUCUGGCUUUUUCUCUGUCUGUAGUGUAACGUCAUGUAUGGUCACACAGCUUUGUUCAGUGCCUUGGGGCAACCGUGUUGUGAAAGGCACUAUAUGAAAAAUAAAUUGAAUUUAAUUUAAUUCAUCACGAUAGUGAGGGGUGUUUGGGCCGUCUGGUCCUCACAGCUAGUCUGCUUCUCACCCUCAGCUCUGCAAGUUCCCUCUGUUGCAUUCCUCAGGACCUAACCUAAUUACUGAGCCACACAAGACACCUCGCGCAGUUGGCAAGCAGGGCAAGGUGCCGGAGGUAUGUGUCAAUGAACAUAGAGGAGUUCUAACUCAGUAACUUCAAGCACUGUAUUGAAAACCUAAGGCCAAAGCAGUAAGUGACUUACUGACCCCCCUAUUGGCUAUGUUCAUGGGGAGGGUUAAUUAUAAACAUCCAAUCCUGUCGAUUGGCGAUCUUCUGGAUCCGUUGCAAAUUGCUUAUAAAGAACUUAGGGGACUGAAGAUGCAGCUUUGACUUAAGUGAAUUCAGUAGAUAGUCAUCUUCAACAGGCACGGUCAUAUGCACAUUUUUUAUUUAUUGAUUUUUGUUUAGCAUUUUAAUAUGAUCCAGAUCCACAUGGAAUUGGAAUGGCUGUUGAGGUUUUCCUGUUAAUAGGAGAUUUAUAAACUGGGUUUAGGAUUUUCUAACAGAUUGCCCACAGCGGGAUCUUGUGAAUAAUACUGUGCAUUUUCAAAUGAAAUUCUUUAAAAUGCCGGUAUUCCCCAGGGCUGUGUUUUGUCACCAGUGUUUCAAAUACCUAGAAACAGUAACAGAUUACGCUUUAAACUUUGCAAAGAAUACCAACUCUAUUUUUAAGAAGGCUAGGCAGCGUAUAGUUUUGAUCAGGAAGUUGAAAGAGCUUGGGGUGAGUCAAAAAGUUCUGGAGGGGGUUUAUAGAAUCUGAGUAGAAACCAUCCUUAAUUUUGGUAUCACAGUGCGGUAUGGUGGGGAAAUGUGCCAGAAUUGUUAAUAUUGCAGAUAAAAUAAUUACAACGUAAACAUCUCUUGGGUCCUGUGCAAUUGGUAUAUUGAAUGCAGCUAAGGUAGUGUUUGCUAUAUGAAGCUAUUGGAUUAUGUGUAAUGGCACUGUAAUAUGGGCAGAGAGAGAUGUGUGUACUGUAUAUUGUAUGUAUUGUUGCAUGUCUAAGAUUAUUGCUUGUUUUUACGGUGAAUUUAUUUCAUGUUGAGUGUUAUUU